AAAAAAAGAAAAACAAAAAAACUGAAAAAUAAAAAAUAAAAAAUUCUCUGGUUGAUCGAGUCCCCGAAAAGCUUGGGGAGAUACUAGUAGAAUUGAGAUUUGCGCGUCACUUCCUGCCUUUUUAAACCAGCUCCUUCCCCCUCCGAUCUCUUGCCAUUCUUUUCCCCCUGCCACAUCCCAAGCGAACAACCAUCAUCCAACUCCCUCCCUCGAUCAAUUGGCUGACGCCUCAUUUUCACUGAUCGCCUCUCCCCUGUCUUCUACUCGGUUCACGUCCAACCUCAUAGAUUCGUCAUCAUGAAGACCACUGCUCUCUCUUUCGCUCUGCUGGCUGCCACCACCAUGGUGAGCGCCGAGAUCUCCGUUGGUGAAUGCGCUCAAAUGUGCAUCAGCAACAUGAACAACAAGGCUUCCGAGUUGGGUUGCGCUAGUGGUGACCUUGCUUGCCUGUGCAAGAGCGACAACUACUCUUUUGGUGUGCGCGACUGCACUGCCCAGGCUUGCCCUAACGAUGAUUCUGCUGCCGUCGUGGCUGCUGCUCUUGCUGCCUGCCCUAACGGCUCCGCUGGCAGCAGCGCCACUGGUACCAAUGGUGGUGGUGCCUCCAAGACUGGUGACUCCACUUCUGCCACCGGCACUGAUGCAUCCAAGACCGGCGACUCUUCUGCUACUACCACUGGCUCUGGCGCUUCCAAGACCGGUGACUCGACUGCCACUGGCACCGACGCCUCUAAGACUGGCGAGUCUACUGUGACCGGCUCCACUACCCUCAGCACUGCUGCCAGCACCUCCAGCGAUGGCUCCAGCUCCUCUGAGACCGGCUCCAACGGCAGCAGCACCACUGGCUCCAACGGCGGUUCCAACGGUGGCAGCGCAACUGAGACUGCUCCCUCCAGCACCUCGACCAACUCUGCCGCUUCCAAGACUGUCAUGGGCAGCGGUGCCCUGGGUGCUCUCGCCCUCGCCGCUUUCUUCGUUCUCUAAACGCUUUAUUAAUGACCGACUGCCCCCUUGGAUGAGCGAUGGUGUUUAUGAUUCCCGGCCUUUCGCCUAAUUUGUUAUGCAUCCUGUACUGUACAUGUUUCUGUAACGGAUUAUUCGUUUACAACGGUAGAUAAUUAGUGACUACCCAGCUAUAGCUGUGUCAUGACGUACUAAUUUGAGUUGAUCCAUAAUUUAUAUUUAACUGUUUCUCAU